ACUCAACACUGGAUGUGAAAAAAGUUUGGAGGUCUCGCUGAAAUCUCUUUACUGCAACUGGAUUCAUUUAUAGGCGUUAUGUUCUUUUCACUACAAGAGGCUUUUGCAUCGGGAAUCAAUGUCCGCCUAUAAGUGUUAGGUUUUUUUUUUUUUUUCUCGGCUGUGUUUCUCCAGUUUAUUUUUCCCCUCUGCAGGACUCCAGAGUUAGGAAAGAAAGAGGAGGGGGGGGGGACGGUCUGGCUGCUUGAAGAUUUGUUGCGACACAAAACUUUGGCGACAUGGACGCGCAUCGCGGCGGCGGCGGCGGCGCGCCUCCGGCCGGGCAGCAGAUCGUGCACGUCCGAGGAGACUCGCAGACGGAGCUUGAGGCCCUUUUCAGUGCCGUGAUGAACCCCAGCAAGUCGGCCAGACAGCCGUCCUCUCUGCCCAUGAGGAUGAGGAAGCUGCCGGACUCCUUCUUCAGACAGCCUGACUCUCGGGGCCACUCUAGACAAGCCAGUUCGGAUGGAGGUGUGUGCGGCUCCCUUACUCCUCAUCACGUCCGCGCCCAUUCCUCCCCUGCCUCCCUCCCAGUCAACUCCCUCUCCACUCAAGCAGCUGAUGUAGCAGUGACGCCGAUCAUACCCGACGAUGUGCCACUCCCCCACGGUUGGGAAAUGGCCAAAACGCCUACUGGCCAACGUUACUUCCUCAAUCACCUGGAUAAGACAACCACCUGGCACGACCCCCGACUCUCGCAGCUACAGUCGGCUGCAGCUCAGCAUCCCAUCUCUGGCGCUCCCAUCCACGCCCACUCCCUCAGCAACCCAGCACCCACUUCACAACCACCAAACAUCAAUCAAGACACAGGUCCACUGCCUGAAGGCUGGGAGCAGGCUGUGUCUGCAGAUGGAGAGGUGUUCUACAUCGAUCACAUAAAUAAGUCCACCGCAUGGGUCGACCCGCGUCUAGCCCAGAAGAUGAACCCUGCACUCCUCGGUUUGGCACUGCAGCAAAGGCAGGAAAAGGAGAGGCUCAGAUGUAAACAACAAGGCCUGCCUCCACAAAUCACAGCACAGGAGGCUGGAGGGAGGAACCAGAUGCCUGGUGGGAUGGACCAUGACAGGAACGCACAGACACUUGUCCCAUCUCUGGAUUUGAGGAUCAGAGCCUCAAACCAUGAACCCACACUUAAUGGCGCUCACUCUCGCAACGAGAGCACCGACAGUGGUCUAAGCGUCAGCAGCUUACCCCGCACUUCUGACCACAUGUUGAGCUCUGUGGAUCACAUGGAUACUGGCGACUCUGGCGAGACCUCAAUGACCUUGCAGGAGUCGAUGCCUGUGCUGCCGAUGUCCGAUGGCGAGGAGCUGAUGCCCUGCAUACCUGAAGGUCUCAGUUCAGACCUUCUGAUGGACAUGGAGACCGUUCUCUCCGGGUCACACAUGGACAGAGACAGCCUGCUCACCUGGCUAUAGACACCACGCAGCCAUCACUCAUAUGGUCUAAUAUAAAAACCUUCAAAACAUGACUGAGAAGAGUGAAGGAGUUUUGGCUUAAAACGUGGUACAGAACAGAAAUUCUGAGAGAAAACUCUACUUUUGUAUGAUGGAAAGCUAACAACACUACUCGCUCCCUGAGGAAUGAAAAAAAAAACCUGGCUCUCUCAGACUGUGGUAAGCUGCUGGUAUUCUCCUCUUUUUGGCCUGGGUUUACAGAGUGUAUGUAUGAUGAUAUCUUCCUUCUAGUUAUCCACCCCUGAUCAUUCUCAACACGCUUCUUGUAAAAUGUAUCGAAGAUCAUUUUAGAGUGCAGAUUUAUUUUAUUAUCCCCACUUGGGUAAUACAAUUAUACAAUUUGCAGCAAACGUAGCAAAAUGAAAGUCAAGGAAGUUUGCAUGAAGCAGUUACAGUUAUGCCAAAAUGUACAUAAACCUGCUCACAAGAUACUUUAAAAAAAGUGACAAUUUUUAUAUCCACUACAUAUCGCAACAUGUCGUGCUUUCAGGUGUCAGCAGCCUUUAACUUGUGACUUUACUGCAUCCUCACAGCUGUCCAAAAUGUCGUUCAAAAGCACCAGGUGAGACACUAAGAGAUAUAAUGAACCUGAAUUUACACAACACAGAUCACGCUACAUUUCAAAUCUCUCACUACCACAAUGAAACACUAGGAGGAGAUAACACACCCUUGUGGUGAGCCAGGAGAUUGAGAAACACUAAAUGAAUCAUACUCACUCUCUUACUUAAAGUAUUUUUAAAAUGCUCACAAGCCAAAAACACAGGAUUAAAAACAUCGUGUGGUCCUGCUCAGAGCUACAAUGUUGUUGUUUUUAUCUUUUUGAAUGAAGCUUUAUCUUUUGGUCACAGAAAAGACCUGAGUCGUAAUAAAUCAAAACCUUGCGCAUUGAUAGAAAUGAUGGCUACAAGCUUGUGCCGCUUUGUAGAGUAGUCUCAACUUUGGGCACUAAAACUACAGUGAAGUGUACUUUUAAUGACCUGCCUUUACAGAAAGCAGUACUGGAAUAUACAGAGAGUGUAUCUACAGUAAAUGAGCACAUGUUCUGUUUCACGCUGCCCAACAUAAUACAGGACUUCCCCCCCAGGGAAACUCUUACUGUGUCACUUCUGCUCUUACACUUGCCAAACUACAUAUACAUGUUGCCGUAAACAUGGCAUCGGCUUCUUUUCUCUUGAGUCUCUUUUAUUUAAUGGAAGUGUAUUUUGUUUUUCAGAAUAUUAGGCCACCUCCAAAAACCUCAAGAAAUGCUAACAGAUUUUUUUUGUUGGUUCAGGUUUUGACCUUCAGUUCUUGUGUUUGGUUGCAUUUUAUUGUGAAGAUUUUCAGUCUUUUGAUCCACUCCCACAUUGAAUUUAGGCUUUACAGGAGUAGUAUUUAUUGGAGAUUGUGUUUUUUUUUUUUUUAUCGGAUUGCAUUAUAUUGUACAGCUUUUAAAUGAAUAUGUCCAACCCUUGUUUGGGAAUGAUUUCAUCUAACAGAGGUCAGGGCUUGGUGUUUCCUCCCCCAUUGUGUGUAUCAGUGAUUUUAGCACUCUGUACUUUCUCAGUGCUAACACAGCUGUCAGUGGCUUCUGAAGCAUAAAUGAAGAAGAAUUCAAUGAAUCAGCCAUAACACUUUGACUUUAAACAGUGGAAUUCCUUUUCCUUGCUCCCCCAUCGAUGGCUUGAUACAUUCCUAAUCAUUUUCUUUUUCUGUUCCUGACUGACAGACAUAACAAACCUCCUACUUCUUAGCUCUGAACACACAAUUCAUCACAACUUGAUCCUUUACCAUUUUUGAUAGUGUGCGGUACAACUUGAGAUUUUUACAUGCACUUCAGUUAUGCUGCCAAAAUCUCUUUUCUUACAUUUAGUCCAUAAGCAGACUCUUGAAACACACACAUCAGACAUGUAUAAGUAAUGUGACUUGUAAAUCAGCCUAGAUACAUUGCAUGUAAAACCAUAUUUCCAUCUUCGUUUUCACCUUUAAUUUAAACCUAUCAAUUGAUCAAAAGGUUGGAUAACGACAAUUUCAACUCAUCCCCAUCUACUUCUUUAUAUUUAUGAACAAAACAAACAGAUUUCAAAUUCAGUCUACAUAAUGAAAUGUGACUGUUUGAAAAGUCCUGCUACUAAAUGUUGCUAUUGUAUUGGCAUGAAUGUAUCUGAUUCCUAUUUAAGUAUACACAGUUAGUAAAGCAUUACAAAGCAUCAUCCUGUGUACCACUUCCAUACAGGUCUGCUAUCACUCCAUUGAGUUGAAACUUCCCCAGUCUUCGGUACCAGUCAACUUCUCGUCAUGAGCUGGUAUCUAAGUUAAAUUGAUGAAAAUUUGUGCCUUAAAAAACGUAUGGGGUUGCCUCCUCAAAAAAAAAAA